AUGACUGCGACCUUGAGAGAGGCCCUGAGCCAGCAGCAUCCAGAGAACCAGUUAGCGUCACCGCUCUUGCCGGAUACGAAGUUCUCAGGAACAGUCUCCACUCAGCUUCUCCCAAGCCCCCGAGGGUCUGCGGCAUGGACCCCACAACCCUUUCUCCUGUUCGCGGGGGAGGGAAGAGGGGCUAACCCUUACCGAGACUGGGCGGGCUCCCACUCCCUGAGGUAUUUCUACACCGCGGUGUCCCGGCCCGGCCUCGGGGAGCCCCGCUUCAUCGCCGUGGGCUACGUGGACUACACGCAGUUCGCGCGGCUCGACACCGACGCUCCGAGUCCGAGGAUGGAGCCGCGGGCGCCGUGGAUGGAGCUGGAGGGGCCGGAGUAUUGGGACCGGGAGACGCGGAUCGCCGGGAGCAACGCACGGGCUUUCCGAGUGAGCCUGCAGAACACUUGCGGCUACUACAACCAGAGCGAGUCCGGGUCUCACUCCUGCUGA